GACCGGCGAACACAAGAGGAGGAGCCCGGAGCCGUCCAGCCACGGAGCCAGGGCCCUAGCAUUGGUGGAGGUGGCCAUGGGGAAGCGAUACUUCUGUGAUUACUGUGACCGCUCCUUCCAGGACAACCUCCACAACCGGAAGAAGCACCUAAACGGGCUGCAGCACCUCAAGGCCAAGAAGGUGUGGUACGACAUGUUCCGAGAUGCAGCUGCCAUCUUGCUGGAUGAACAGAACAAGAGGCCUUGCAGGAAAUUCCUGCUGACAGGCCAGUGUGACUUUGGCUCCAACUGCAGGUUUUCUCACAUGUCAGAGCGAGACCUGCAGGAGCUGAGCAUCCAGGUGGACGAGGAGAGGCGGGCCAGAGAGUGGCCACUGGAGACUGCUGAGCUUCCUGAGGGUCACCUGGAGGACUGGCUGGAGAAGAGAGCCAAGAGGCUGAGCUCAGCCCCGAGUAUCAGGGCGGAACCUAUCAGAACCACUGUCUUCCAAUACCCUGUGGGCUGGCCACCAGUGCAGGAGCUGCCGCCCUCCCUGCGGGCACCCCCUCCUGGAGGAUGGUCCCUACAGCCCAGAGUCCAGUGAGGCUGAGCUCUUCCCCCCUCCCCGCCUGGCUUCUGGUCACCAGUCACAGUAAAGACAUUUG